AGAGAGAGAGAGAGAGAGAGAGAGGGAGAGAGUGGAGUCACAGCUUCUCAGCACCUGGGGUUGAAUCAUGGCUGAUUCAUCUCCUCUCUGGGUACUUGGGAUCUUGACUCCUUUAUUUUUUUUUUCCUUUUUUCACGAAUUCCUGAAGUGAAGGAGUCACUGUUCUUCGAGACGAAAAGAAAUCUAGUCUUUCCCUUCUUUGCUUUCGCAAGUCAUAACCUUUUCACUUCACCUUCACGCUUCCUCUCUGUCUAUCUCCCUGUGCGUGUGCUUGACUUGAGAAUAAGAAUCGUCGGAAAAUUUUGAAACCCUCUCUCUCUCGCUCUCUGUGACAGAAAAAUAAGAGGGAAUUUCAUUUAUAUAUCCAACAAGAACAUCGAGAAGAAAAGGAGACUUUUUAUUUUCUCUCUUUCAUUUUCUCAAACAAUUGCCCCCAAUCUCAGAAUCAUCGACACGGGUUUUCCUUGUCAUCUGUUUUGCUACAAUACCCACUUCUCCUUUCCCUUUCCUUUGUUCCAUCUCUUUCUCUCUCUCUGGAACUGCUUGGUCACUGUCUCUGAGAGAUUGUUCUGUUUUUCUCUUUCCAUAUUUGGUGGAGUCAAUCUUUGAAUCCGAAAUAUGGGGUAUUCCCCCCUUCUUUUUCACCGACAAAACCCAUAUCUUAAUUUACUUCUACUGUCGAACUACAGUGGUUUCCUGUUCCAGCUCUCUCUAUUAUUUCACCACUGAGCGACUUUAAUCUCCAAAUCCGAGGAAGGAGUUUCCUUGCCCUUCCCCUAUUCGAAGCUUCGAACCCAAUUGCUAUCUUCUUCUGUGACUUUCGAGAACAGCUUCUCUUGCCUUGUAGAUGCUUGUCAAGAGCCAUGUACCAGCUGUCUGAGAAACCUCGUCCAAUUGACUUCUAUAAAGAGGAGGAAAGAGAGAUGAUGAUUGAAGUUGUUGGCAAUGGUGGCUUGCAGCCCCAGCAACAACAGCAGCAACAGCAACAGCAACAGCAACAGCAACGGCAACAGCAAAUGAUUCUUGCCGAGAGUAGCGGGGAAGACCACGAGGUAAAGGCGCCCAAGAAGCGAGCCGAGACCUGGGUCCAGGAGGAGACCCGAAGCCUCAUCAGUUUUCGGCGAGAAAUGGACAGUCUCUUCAAUACUUCCAAGUCGAACAAGCAUCUCUGGGAGCAAAUUUCGUCUAAAAUGAGGGAGAAGGGUUUCGAUCGAUCCCCGACGAUGUGCACUGAUAAAUGGAGGAACUUGUUGAAAGAGUUCAAGAAGGCAAGGCACCAAGAUAGAGGUAGUGGUUCAGCUAAGAUGUCAUACUACAAGGAACUGGAGGAAUUGCUCAGGGAGAGAAGUAAGAACGCAUCUUACAAGAGUCCUACACCUUCUAAGGUUGAUUCCUUCAUUCAAUUCUCAGAUAAAGCUCUUGAGGAUGCCAGUAUUCCAUUUGUAUCUGUUGAAGCUAGUGGAAGAUCAACACUCAAUCUUGAAAGGCGUUUGGAUCAUGAUGGACACCCUCUUGCCAUCACAGCAGCUGAUGCAGUUGCAGCCAGUGGAGUUCCCCCAUGGAAUUGGAGAGAGACCCCUGGAAACGGGGGGGAGAGCCACUCUUCCUAUGUUGGGAGGGUAAUAUCGGUCAAGUGGGGGGAAUACACUAGAAGGAUUGGGAUCGACGGUACGGCGGAUGCAAUCAAGGAGGCAAUCAAGUCUGCCUUUGGCUUAAGAACCAAACGGGCAUUUUGGUUAGAGGAUGAAGACGAAGUUGUUCGUAGCCUUGACAGGGACAUGCCAUUGGGGAAUUAUACUCUUCACCUUGAUGAGGGAUUGAUGAUAAAAGUGUGUCUCUAUGAUGAAUCUGACCGCAUACCUGUUCGUACUGAAGACAAGACACUUUAUACUGAAGAUGAUUUACGUGAUUUCCUUAGUCGUCGUGGUUGGAUGGGUCUACGAGAGUUCAAUUGCUUUAGAAGCAUCGACACUUUAGAUGAUCUCCGUCCUGGUGCGAUGUACCAGGGUGUGAGAUUGCUUGGGGACUGAGAGAUGCAUUUAGUAUCCUGAUGAGCGAUGAAUUUUCCAGAUAAAUAACCUUCCGUCCCAUAUGCAAUUUUUUGUUUUUAUCCUAAAGUGCACACUUGCACCUCAUGUAGUAGUCCUGCCUACUGAGCCAUAAGUAAUCCUGGUGAGUUUGCCCUCAUCUUUUGCCUCGAGUUCACUUGAAGAGGAAGAGUACUGCAACUAAAUGUAACAAAAUAUUACCCAACUGUGUAUAGCAAUUUGAUGGAAUGGUAGGAGGAAAGAAAAAAAAGCACAGUUUUCCCCCCUCGUGUGUAUUUCAUGUUUGAAAA